CUUAUUUUGAGUUACUGUUUUUCGUUGUGUGGAGUAGAAUUCUACUGAUCUAAAAUGUGUCCUGUUCAUGCAGUCAUCCUUCUGUACAUUUGUUCCUUCAUUUCGUUGAUUAAUCAAGGGCAGUCGGCCGGCCCCUCGGAAAUGAAAAACUCUGAAGCAAGUUUUAAAUGGGACUCUCGUGGUUACGUAUUUUACUGCCCCUGCAUGGGAAGAUUUGGAAACCAGGCUGAACAUUUUCUGGGAGCAUUAGCAUUUGCAAAGGCUCUUGACAGGACAUUAAUUCUUCCACCUUGGAGAACAUAUAAAAAUGUACCUUUUUCUGACUUUUUCCAAGUGGAACCCCUUCAAACUUAUCAUAGGGUUAUUUUAGCAGAGGAUUUUAUGAAGCACUUAGCUCCCACUCACUGGCCAAAAGGAACAAGGCGUGGCUACUGCUGGUUACCUCCUAGAUCUGAUAGGAAAUGCAUUAUGAAGGAGGGAAAUCCAUUCAAACCAUUCUGGGAUGAACUAGAAGUGGACUUUGAUGAGAAAAUUGUCUAUCAUCUUGGAAUUCAUUUACAAGAUCCUUAUGAGAGGGAACAAUGGCAGAAGAAAUUUCCACCAUCCAGUCAUCCAGUUCUUGCAUUUAGAGGAGCUCCAGCUAGUUUUCCAGUUGAAGAGCAGAAUCGUCAAGCGCAUGCUUUUUUGAAGUGGUCACAAAAGAUCAACAGUGAAGUGGAUGAGUAUAUACAGAACAAUUUGCCAAAAGGGCCAUUUGUUGGAAUUCAUCUGCGCAAUGGAAUUGACUGGAGAAAUGCUUGUGAGCAUGCAGAAGGUAUGCCUCAGUACAUGGCAUCACCACAGUGUCUGGGUUAUUCACGAUACAGAACUGUUACAAAAGAGCUCUGCUUUCCACCCAAACAAGACAUCCUUAACCGCACUGAAGAAGCUGUGAGAAGAUUUAAAGCCAAGGCUGUGUUUGUGGCCACUGAUAGUGAUCCAAUGACAGAGGAAUUGAAGUUUAGACUUAAAGGACUGAAUGUUCAGAUUUUCCACCUCAAUCCUUGGUUGCCGCAGAUAGAUCUUGCUAUUCUUGGUAGAGCUGACUUUUUCAUUGGAAACUGCGUGUCUUCAUUUUCCUCAUUUGUUAAACGUGAAAGAGACUCUAAUGGAAAACCCUCUACAUUCUGGGCUUUUGAUGAUUGAAAAACUUGGUGUAACAGCAUACCAGCACAAGAGUAGUAUCAUAGCAGAGGAC